AUGGGUAUCAUUUUACAGACAGCAGCCGACGGAUCUGAGGAGAAUAUUUACUGUCAAGUGCCGUUCCUGGUGUACUUGGCCGAGCACGGCGCCGAGUUCACCAACAAGAUCAAUCUGAGCAAGUGGACACUUGAUGCUCUUACUCAACAGCUGCCCGCCAUGUUCCCAGCUGACUGGGGUCAUCGCGGAGACCCUUCCAUGGCAAGCAAGCCACCCAAGCUGCCGCUCAUGCUCGACUGGGAUGGCCAUCAACUGCUCGUUCAAAUCACAGAUGACAGUUGGAUGACUCAGUGGAAAGCAAAAUGUGACCCGGUCUGGCGCAGAGAGCUCGAGCAAAAUCAGAAGCGGCUUCGCCUGGACAAAAUGGUGCUUUUGAUAUAUCACUUGCUUAAUGGAACACAACUGGACAGCAAGGAAACCCUUUAUGGUGUGUGGCGGGAUAUGAAGGCGGUCUUGUUGCUGUGGGCAAUAAGUUAUCGAACUCAGAAUAUGAUGGAGGCAUACUACGUGCUGUUUCCGGUCGCGUGCAUUGGAGAGCUCGUGACCAUCAACAAAGGUGUACAAGGCUAUCUGUGCAAGUGGCGGCCUCAACCAGGGAUUAGCUGGUCUUGCGAGAUAUCCCAGGCAGGGUCGAUCAGAUUGGUCGAGAUCCCGUGGCACGAGCUCGUCGAAAUACCAAACUGCAUCCGUUUCGCCGGAGAAAUGGGCAGUUUGCUCGGAGAGCUUUUCAAGCCCACCAGGGCUGAUUUGGAACAAGGCAAAUGA